CUCCACAAAAGAAAAUAAUGAAGAAAUCCUAUGACACAAUUCUCUGUCUCUUGGAAAAAUGCAAAACCAUGGCGGAGCUGAAACAGCUACAUGGGUUGAUGAUAACUACAUCAGUUAUCAAAAACAGGAUUCCAUUGAGUAAGAUUAUUGACUUUUGCGUUUCUCCCAAAACUGGAGAUUUCCACUAUGCAAGGUCAGUAUUUAGUCAAAUUGCUCAGCCUAAUCACUACAUUUGGAACUCUAUGAUCAGAGGUUACUCUUUUAGUGACAACCCAAUUGAGAGUUUGAUCAUGUACAAAGAUAUGCAGCAAAUGGGUAUUCCUCCGGACAAUUUUACUUUCCCAUUUGUGCUGAAAGCAUGUUCCAUAAUUGGAGAUCAGGGCUAUGGAAGAUCUGUUCACAAUCGCAUUGUGAAAACUGGGUUUGAGUUUGAUGUGUAUGCUUCUACUGCGUUACUCCAUAUGUAUGCUUGUUGCUCUGACAUGGAAGCUGGUUUAAAAGCCUUUGAUAAGGUGCCUAAGUGGAACGUGGUGGCCUGGACCAGUUUGAUUUCCGGGUUAGUGAACAACAAUCGGUUUGGUGAGGCUUUAAAGGCUUUCAGGGAUAUGGAAGAUACAGAUGUAGAGCCUAAUGAGAUUACAUUGGUGAAUGUUUUGGUUGCUUGUGCUCGAAGCAGGGAUCUAGAGACUGGUAAAUGGGUUCAUGAUCGCAUUCGCCAUCUGGGAUAUGAUCCUUUCGUGUCAAGUCAAAAUUUCAAUGUGAUUCUCGCGACUGCCAUAGUAGAUAUGUAUGCAAAAUGUGGGAACUUGGAAACAGCAAAGAACCUGUUCGAUAAAAUGCCUCAGAGAAACUCGGUUGCUUGGAAUUCCAUGAUUGCUGCAUAUAAUCAGUACGGCCAGGCUGAGGGUAGCCUUGACCUUUUCUUGAGUAUGCAGAUUGCUGAGCUUGUUCCUGACCAAGCUACCUUUUUGGGUGUCCUUGGUGCAUGUGCCCAUUUGGGGGCUUUGAUUUUGGGACAGAGUCUUCAUGCUUACAUAUCAAAGACCAAAUGGAUCAAUGAUCUUGCUGUUGGGACUGCUUUUGUAGACAUGUAUGCGAAAGUUGGAGAUCCCAAUAGUGCUUGGAAGAUUUUCAAUAAUUUGCAAAAGAAGGAUGUGAAGGCAUGGACUACUAUGAUCCUAGGCUUUGCCGUGCAUGGAAAGGGCAUGGAAGCUCUUAAAACUUUCAAAACUAUGCAAGAAGAUGGUAACGUCGUUCCUGAUGAGAUUACUUAUAUCGGCGUUUUGUUUGCUUGCAGCCAUGUAGGUCUGGUUAACGAGGGUCAGAGACAUUUCGAUGAAAUGAGAAGUGUUCAUGGCAUUGUUCCAACUCUAGAGCACUAUGGUUGCUUGGUUGAUCUUUUGAGCAGAGCAGGCCGUUUGAAAGAGGCAAUGAGACUAGUAGAGGAAAUGCCGAUAAAACCAAACAUAAACAUUUGGGGUGCAAUUCUAAAUGGUUGUGAAAUAUAUGAAAAUGUUGAUUUAGCUGAUAAAGUUAGAAGUCAGAUAACAAAGUUGGAACCUCAGGGUAGUGGGGUUUAUGUGCUUCUUUCAAAUAUAUAUGCCAGGGCUGGUAGAUGGCAAGAAGUGAAUCUGGCUAGAGAGUUGAUGAAGCAAAAGACCAUUAACAAAACUAUUGGUCAUAGUUCAGUUGAGAUGAAGUAGCUAAUCUAAUUUUGAUCUUCUGACUUUAUCAGUUGACAUUGUAACACAUGUAUGUAUAUAGUAUGCUCAGAAAUAUAUUACAGCAUGAUCUCUUUCAGAGGAGGAAAUUUUGUUAUUUCUGUUGCCACUCUCGUGAGCUAUUUUAAUGUGUUCAAAAAUACUAUUCAUUAAAAAAUAAAAAUGAAAUGAUUUUGAGACU